UCCAGUCUGAUUAAACCUUGUGAAUUUUGUCAUCUACUUACUCUAGAUUAAAACCAUUGAGAGAUCAAAACUUCUUUUCAUAAUAUUGAUAAUCGGUUUUUAGAGGUGAUGUUUUGUGUUUCUGUAGUACUGGGCUUUGAUGUCGGGAUUCGGUGGACUGUGUACCCGUAUGCCCUGAUGCCAAUGGGCCGUAUCGUCUGAUCUGAAUCCAGAAUUCUCCGGGAAGAUCUGUUUUCAAUUCGCAUUCCCAGACCGUUCCCGUUCCCGCUGUGAACCGUGAUCUUAUUUUGCGCGAUUGGAAUUGAAAAUUCUGUCGGUUACGUCAACGAUCAGCACAAUGAUAGAUCUGGAAGCAGGUGGCGACGGGCCACACAACAUUCCAAAUGCCAGCAACCAAUUAACCAAGCCACUGCAAUCCCAUUUCCGCACUGAUCAUCCCUUUCUCCGCGCGGAACCCUUCACAACAACUCCCGCAUCCAGCAGCGGCAGUAUCAUCGCUCGCUCCUCGAUAACCACAGACUCCCUGCACGAUCCCAACAGUCUGGAGCGUCUCCCGGCGCAUAUGCGCGUGCAGAAGCGAUUGGAUUUCUCGCCAUCUCCACCACAGCCUUCCACGCCACAACCCCUGUCCGACACUGUUUACGUUCGCGAUAACAUCCACGAGGGAUUCGCCCGCCGUUUCUCGGAAGAUAAUGGCGAAACUGUCUCGCUGUUGUCUAAUGAAGACCGUGAACCGAAAGUCCUGCCCGAAGUACGCACGCGCGAACAAGAGCACCAGCUGCUGCUGGAAGCGAUGCAGAAGCGGUUUGUCUGCCCUAAUUUCGCUGCUCCACCGGUGGUUAACGUGGGCAGCCAUCGGCGAACAUCACAAGACGCGAAAGCUUCGAAAACUCGCUCCGGUGUGACGGGGCACACGUCGGUGUUGGCCAGUGAUAAAGUGGCGGAAAUUGACGGGGUGGUGAGUCGAUUGGAUGAGGCGUUCCAUGAGAAGAAAGCGCCGUUUGAUCCGCAGGAUAAUCUGUUGGAAAAGCUGGGUGAUGUGCAGAGGAAGCAGCUUUUACUGAAUUCCGCGAAUCUGGAAAUGUCCUGGUCCAAAAAUGUCCUCAAUACGCCGGAUCAUGAGCGUGGGACGAGAUUUCGAGAGAAUUUAGCGGCUUUCCAUGAAAUGAUGGAUGAACUGUCGCGGGAGGUGUUGAUUCUGCAGAACAUCGAUCCGGCCGACGCCUCCGACACACUGCCCCGACGGCGUCAGUCCGAUCUCCCAGAUCUCGUUGGUCUCCAUGCCCAGCUGUUUCGUAGUCAUGAUAUAGCCGAGGUGGCGAACGAUCUGCAGUCCUAUGUAUCCGACACCUCCACUGUGAAUGGCACGGAUGCCGGGCGAACGGUGCGUCCAUUUCCCACCCGCAGUUUCCCCGUUCCUCAUCCGCAGGUGGUUCCGAACAAUCUGCGUCAACCUCCGCCUUAUCCACCACCUCCUGUUCCUUCCGUUAUUAAUUCUACCUGAUGUGUAACUGGAUAGGUGUUGCACAGGCUUUGACUGCUUUGCAUGUACUCUAACGAACAGUGAAAUUUUACUGCUGAUUUGCAAAUCUUAUUGUGAUUUGGGUGCGUGGUCAAAAUGUAUUUGUACUGAACGGUAUCGGUAAUUAAUUUUUGCGUUGUUGGAAACUUUUAUAAGGUUUAGUGCGAACUGCUAAUAAACAAGUGAGGCUGAAA